ACCUUCUACCGGGGCAUCAGUCGCGUGUCCCUCUUCACGCACCCCCGCAAGGAGGAGAACGCGCCCCACCUGAAGGAGGUGGUGCGAGAGAUGAUCCAGCAGGCGCAGAAGAUUAUUGCAGUGGUCAUGGAUGUAUUUACAGACCGAGACAUCUUCCGCGAUAUUGUUGAUGCAGCAUAUAAGCGCUGGAUCCCAGUCUAUAUAAUCCUAGAUGAGGAGGGUGUGAAGCUUUUCCUGGAAAUGUGCAGAUGUCUUGACCUCAGUGACUCGCAGAUCCGGAAUAUCCGCAUACGUUCUGUGACAGGAGUUGGGUUCUACAUGCCAUCAGGGAAGAUCAAAGGCACAUUGGGAUCCCGAUUCCUGAUGGUGGAUGGUGAGAAGGUGGCCACUGGAUCAUACAGCUUCACAUGGAGUUCAUCCCACAUUGACAGAAACAUCCUGCUAGUCUUGACAGGACAGCACGUGGAGAUGUUUGACAUUGAGUUUCGUGAGCUCUAUGCCAUCUCAGAGGAAGUUAAUUUAUAUAAGGAACUGGGUAUUGCUAACCCAUUCCAUCUUGGAAUCGGGAAGCCAGGCCUUCAUUCCUCCACCGUGGCUCGGAAGUUCAUUAACCCCAAGUAUGGUUUAGUAGCAGGGGCAACCCGUGGUGAUAUGAUGCUCUGGGCUUCACGACACACGCAAGAUAAUCAGGGAAAUAUGGAAAAGGAGGAAACAAGUGAGUCAAAGAAACGGUUAAAUCAGUUUCUGAAUGACUUAGUCACAUUGGAGCAAGUGUUCCCAGAAAUAGAUCCACCUCUGGAGAACUUGAACAAGCAGAAUCGGAGCCCUCAGAAACUUUUUUCCCGGCUCCACGUGGACCUGAAAAAUAAAUCCAAAUCCAGAGAGUCUAUUCGUGAUGUGAAGAAAGAAGAUGCACAGACCAACUCAAAGCAAGGGAAACGGUUUGCCAGUGGCCUUUUCAGUCGCAAGGCCAAACGGUCUCCAGGCUCAAGUAUUGAGGCCAAUUCUUUUGCCAGCGAAGGACAUUCAGGAGAAGACCUUGGGAACAUGAAAGUGGAAUACGAGCGGCUCAGCGUUGGCCAUGCCAGUGUUCGGAGCACUGGAGGCAUCUCAGGUAACCUGAAUCCAAACUCCACUAUGAGUGAAAAAAACAAACAGUCUACCUGUGUGUUAUCUUGA